GCCCUCCCGCUCCCUUUAAGGAAUCAGCCUGACGGCCGCGGCGGAGAAUUCCUCUUGCCCGCGGCCGCUUCGGCGCCAGGAGCCUGGCCGCGCUCGCUCCCGGUUCUGGGUGAGGCGGGGAAGGGCCCCAAGAUGGCGGCAGCGGCAGGGGCGGCGGCGACGAGCGCCUCGGAACAGCAAAGCUCUAACGGCCCCAUGAAGAAGUCCAUGCGUGAGAAGGCGGUGGAGCGGAGGAAUGUUAACAAAGAACACAACAGCAACUUCAAGGCAGGAUAUAUUCCCAUCGAUGAAGAUCGGCUGCACAAAACUGGCUUACGGGGCCGGAAGGGCAACUUGGCUAUUUGUGUGAUCCUCCUCCUCUUCAUUUUGGCUGUCAUCAAUUUGAUUAUCACGCUCAUCAUCUGGACUGUGAUUCGUAUUGGGCCCAAUGGCUGUGAUAGCAUGGAGUUUCAUGAGAGCGGCUUACUGCGAUUUAAACAAGACUCUGACAUGGGAAUUAUACAUCCAUUGUAUAAGAGCACAGUGGGAGGCCGGCGUAAUGAAGAUUUGGUGAUUAUUGGAGAGAACCAGCCAAUUGUGUUUCAGCAAGGGGAAACAAAACUCAGCGUUGAAACAGAUAAAACUUUAAUUACCAGUGAUAUUGGUAUGGAAUUUGUUGACCCACGGACGCAGAACACUUUGUUCAGCACUGACUACAAUACUCAUGAAUUUCAUCUGCCAAGUGGAGUAAAAACUUUAAAUGUCCAAAGAGCAUCUACAGAGAGGGUUACCAGCAAUGCUACCAGUGAUCUAAAUAUAAGGACCGAUGAGCGUGCUAUUGUCCGUGGAAAUGAAGGAGUUUUCAUUAUGGGCAAAACCAUCGAGUUUCAUAUGGGAGGUGAUAUGGAACUCAGGGCAGACAACAGCAUUAUCCUAAAUGGAAGCGUGGUAGUCAAUACAUCCCGACUGCCAAGUUAUUCUUAUGAAGAACAGUUUAAUAACGGUGACUGGGAGCGCUACAAGCUGUGCAUGUGUUUGGACGGGACUCUAUUCCGUGUUCCAGUGAAGAACCGCAACAUGGGCUGUCAAACCUCAGUUAAUCCAUGUGGCAAUACAUAUUAAAUGCAACGUGAGAGCGUAAGUGAAAGACCAGGGACGUUUGUAUUUACUGAGUUGAGGCCUACUCGCUUUUUCAUUCAUUCAAGAGGGAGAAGGGGCUACUUUUGACUCCCCCCAAAAGGCUGUGCUUGGCAUCAUGGGACGUGGAAUGGGGCUGCAGAGGAUAUUGGGUUAGACCAUACCUCUUGCUCCAGUGGAAAGCUGAUCGCAUCCAGAGAGUAGCAUGUUUGUAAGGAUUUCUCUUUUUACAGCAGUUUAUAUGAGUAUUAUUUGAACAUUUUAAUGCAAGACACUACACUUAACAAUAUUAAAUGACGUCAACAUGUACAAGUAGGCUAUGUAUACUAAACUUGACUGCAUUUCAGUAAGGUAGCUAGGCUCAAACCAGGGGUGCAUUAUUAUAUAGCUGAAUUGGCCUGAGAUGAACAAGAAAGGCUUUGUGCAGUGGGAAACAAAAUUCAUUUUUGCAUAUAGUUCUUUGCUUUUGCCAACUUGUAUUUUUCCAAAAGUCUCCAUCAGAAGAGAGAAUCUUACCGCUCUGUCCUUUGAUCGCAAAUGCAUACAAGCAUCUUUGUCUUUUACAGUUCUGCAUGCGCUGAAUUCUGAUUUCUCAUGCAGAAUAUGGAUUCAUGAAACCUGAGACCUUUAUGUAUUCAAAGCCUAUGUGAUGAGUGGAGAUGACAAACUCUGCCCGUACCAUAUAAAACAUUUAAAAACUCCUGCCAUUUGGCCAGUCCGUUCUGCCUUCACUUAGGUUCCUUUCCUGUUACGAGGCUACCUUCUUCGUUCUGCAGAACACUCCUUACAAAAGUUAAAAUUGAUGGCUACACAAUAAAGAUAUAAAACAGAAUAUUGUAUAAAAAUCUAGUUUGUCAAAAUUUUGUUACUUUUAUUUGGAUUUGUUUUGUAUAGAUAGACUGGUACUUUAUUCUGGCCAAUAUUCCUGACAAAAGUGAGGUCACUGUUUAGAACGAAAGCUUUAGGGGUGUCACAGCUUUCUGGCUGAAUUCAUGGCUGUUUUAACACAGAUCCUUUGGCGAGUUCUUGUUCUGUGGAAGUAGAGCACAGUCUGUAGUGGGCAGCUUCAGGCACAAGGUUGGAGCCUUCUGACCAGCUGAGUGCCAUAAAUCUUUGUGUCUUGCCAAUGUAAUUUUUUAAAUUAACCAUGCAAACCAAUGUUUUGACCUAAAACUGCUAGAACUGCAGUCAUUAAUUGCAAUUUAAAUACUUUGCAAGCAAUAUUCAAAACAUACAGAGCAAAAUUCACUAUGGGUUGUGUGUGCGUAAGUAUGCUGAAAUACAGUCAAAGCAACACUUUUUAGCUGCUUUGGCAGACAAGUAAAACUUUGUCGUGAUACCAGAUUGUUUUGUCACUUUCAGUUUAGAGAGAGAAGUAAUCAUUUAAUGUGCUAUUUAAAUAUUUAAAUAAGUAGCUCUAAAAUGAGGGUAACGGUGAUCAGCUCUACGGCUGUUAGGGGAUCAGCUUUAGGGCUGUGAUUAUUGUAUUCUUGCAUUGAUGUAUAUGAAAUGUUUUGAGCACUUGAAAUGUGUUAUAUAAAUGCUAUUAUUGGUGUAGCCUCAGAUGAGAUCCGGGCCCUGAAAAGCCCAAUACUUAGAUGGGCCCAUGAACAUUCACAGGAUGAUUUGUGUGCUAAUCUUGUACUAGAGCUUGUUGCAUUUGAUAAGAAAUGCCGAUGUAGGCCAUGGCUUCCUUCCCCAUUCAGGGUACCUAGCCUACUCCUACAGUUUGGUGGAGCAAGGGAAGACACAGGCAAGUGGAAGGAAUAAGAACUGCAGUAGAACCACAUUAACAUACUGAGAUGAUCAAAGAGCUCCAGUUUUGAAGUUUUCAGGUGUGAGACAUAGGUUGAUAAGGGAACCCUGCAUCCUAAUGCCCGUUCAUAAUUACGUGCCCAGCUAUUUGCCAGUGAAGCAUGAGCCUUUUGAGAGUGUACUAUGAUAUCUUCUAUUCCCUUAUGACAACAAGCCCUUUACUCUAUUGAUAGUGAAAUAUCAAAAUGAAAGCCACACUAAUACUUUAGGUGAAUGGACGACAAUAAGCAAGUACUCCUCAGAGUAUUUGGAUUUCAUGUUAGAGGUUUGACUGCAGUUCAGUUUUGUUAUUACGAUCCAAGAUCAAAAUUCAGUUUCCAUCCAUCCAUCCAUCCAUCCAUCUAGUCGAGGCAGUUAAUUUUUUUUCGUAUUCAUCCAACCAAGUGAGGGCACUAUAUUGUGUCAGACCUAAAGUUUGACCACUUUUUGUCAGAGUCAAGAAUGCGUGUGAUGAUUGUACCUAUUACAGCACAUCCCUGAGUACAGCCAGAAGACUAGCAAUAAUUUUGAUGGGUUUGGAACGGAAUAUAUCAAAACAAACAUUGCCCAUGUUUUUCCACAAUGGUGUAUUUAUUUGCACGUUUGUAACUAACCUGUGUUCAUUUUUUAUAGUAUAAAACACAUUGUGUGUUUUAACUAGCUGUGCUACUUGUGUGCGCAGGGGAGUUUCAUUUAGUAAGACUGCUUUUACAUUCAUUUUUUUUUACUGUGUAGCAACUGUGUUCCUCUGCAAACUGGGUUUCUAACACUGGAAAGGAAGUAUGGAUUUGUAAAACUUUGCUUCAAAAUAAACUUCAUUUGAA